GCGGGUAGGUUAGGUAUCCGCGGCGGAACUGUUGUUUUUAGGCUGCGGUUUCCGGUGCUGGUGAAGGCGGGCGGACAGCGGGCCAUGGCGGCGGAAAGCGACACCUUGUGUGAAAUAGAGGUGUUGCAGUCCAUCUAUCUGGAUGAGCUGAACGUCACCAGGAACGAUGAUGGAGGAUGGCAGGUCAGUCUGGUCCUUCACCCAUCCACCGGAGAGGACUGUCUGUCCCAGUUUGUCCGUCUCACUCUGACACUGGACCUGGACUCUGAGUAUCCAUCUUCUCCUCCCUGCAUUUCUAUACACAACCCACGAGGUCUCUCAGAUGACAAGUUGCUCAGUUUACAGCAGAGCUUGCAGAUAGAGGCAGAGUCAUGUUUGGGAAUGCCAGUACUGUAUCAGCUUAUUGAGAAAGCCAAAGAGAUCCUGACUGAGAGCAAUAUUCCUCAUGGGAACUGUGUCAUCUGUCUGUAUGGGUUUAAGUUGCCAUUUCUGAGAUUGGAGGGUUUUUUCUCUGGACAGGAGGGUGAGGUGUUUACAAAGACAAACUGCUACCACUACUUCCACUCUCACUGUCUGGGCCGCUACAUUACCCACUCUGAGGUGGAGCUGAGGGAGCGGGAGAGAGAGCUGGAGGAGGAUAAGACCAGAGACAGAGCAGAGGAGGAGGAGCUGUCUGUUGUUUGCCCCGUGUGCCGAGAGUCACUGUCAUACGAUGUGAACGCCCUGCUUUCAUCACCUGCGCCGGACUUCCCUCAGCAGGAAGAUGAAGCUGUGGGUGCAGAGUUUAAAAGAAAAUGGGAAAGUCUCCAGAAGAUUCUGGAACAUCAAAAAGAGAAAGGAGGAGUCAUUGAUCCGGAGGUGGAGUCAAAUCGAUUCCUUAUUCACAUUAAUGAAACCCCUGUUGACUCCGACAGCACUUGCUCUGAUGCCACAAAUCCUGAAUCCAGCCGGCCUUUGCCUGCUGUUCCCCCUGAAUGCCCCAGUCAGACCCCUGCCCCUCAAGCCCAGCACAGUUCACAUCACUCACACCGCAGAGCUCCUCACUACAGGAGACAACAUGGCGAGUUUAGAGGAGGCAGGAGAGGAAGAGGAAGAGGAGGCGGAAGAAAUGAACCACCAUUUCAAGGAAUUCCCGCACCUGUAGUAGAAAACCUCACCAAACUGAACAUCUCCUCAGCAGAAAGCAGCCAGAACCACAUCCAGAACAGUUUACUCCCACAGAACAAUGACCUGCCUGCAGAAAGCACAGAACAAGGACAUUCGCUUGAGCCAAAAGCUAACAGUGGACAGACUAGCACAUUUAGAAAAACAGCAGGUGAGAUAUGUGUUGGCACAUGCCAUCAGGACACUUUAGCAGAAGGACAUGAACAGCAGACCAGCCAGACAAACUUAAACAUCACAGAAGACAGCACUCAGCCAAUCGUAACGGACGGACAACAGCAGAGAGUUCCUCGAGACCGGGGGCGGAGGCACGGUCCAAGAGGGCCACCAUACGGGCAGUGGCAUGAAAGAAUCCCCAGGGGUGAUGGUGGUGGAAAUGCGUACCGAGGUGGGCGAGGGCACAGAGCUAGAGGUGGAGGGUUUAGUCAUCAUCACCACCGAGGAGGCGGGCCUUACAGAGGAACUGGAAAGGUAAUGCAUCCAAAAACUGAAACUGAAUUUAAGAAGGAAGGGGUUCUCUGACAGUGGGAGACGGGAGGAGCGCAGACAGAAUUUAAGCUUCCCUCCCUCAUUUACCAGAUGUACCUUAAUUAUAACGGUGUCCAUAAUAAAAGACUCCAUAUGAAUUGCA